CAUGUGACGUAGAGGUGAGAGGUCAAAGCGUCGUCCUGCACACACGGGAGAAUGACAACAUUACGAGCUUUCACGUGCGAUGAUCUGUUUAAAUUCAACAAUAUUAAUCUGGACCCCUUGACAGAAACUUAUGGAAUCCCCUUCUAUCUUCAGUAUUUGGCUCACUGGCCAGAGUAUUUCAUAGUAGCAGAGGCUCCAGGCGGUGAACUUAUGGGCUACAUCAUGGGAAAGGCAGAGGGGUCAGUCGCUAGAGAGGAGUGGCACGGGCAUGUCACCGCUCUCUCUGUGGCACCGGAGUUCAGACGACUAGGUCUGGCUGCCAAACUCAUGGAGAUGUUAGAGGAGAUCUCAGAAAGGAAGGGCGGAUUCUUUGUGGAUCUCUUUGUGCGAGUUUCCAAUCAAGUGGCCGUGAAUAUGUACAAACAGCUCGGCUACAGCGUGUACAGAACUGUUAUAGAAUACUACUCUGCCAGUAACGGUGAACCGGAUGAAGAUGCAUAUGAUAUGAGGAAAGCUUUAUCCAGAGACACAGAGAAGAAAUCCAUAAUCCCGCUUCCGCAUCCUGUCCGGCCUGAAGAUAUUGAAUAACACUAAGAUAUGGCUCUCUGAAAUCAACAUUUAACUGGGAAAACAGACAUUUUUGGUCUUUGGUCAGGCUUUUUUGGUCACAGAAUUGAUUUGAGAUGUCAGAGAGUCACUGCUUUGAAUGAACUGAUUUUUUUCUUUUGGGUUAAUAAAGCUGAAUCUAAAAUAGCAUAAUAACAGUUACAUGAAAUAAAAAGGUUAAAGUGAACACUU